GCCUCUCUAUCCGCUGACUCUAGCUCUUCCGAGUAGGAAGCGAGCGAGCGAAACGAGGCUCACAAGUGAGACACAAUUUCAUCACUCAUCAUCAGGACGGACAACGAUGGCACCUCAAGAUUCAUUAGUAUUCAAGGUGCGGAGAUGCAAGGCCGAGCUGAUCCGUCCAGCGAAUCCCACGCCUCGCGAAUACAAGAGGCUGUCAGAUAUCGACGACCAAGAAAGCUUCCGGUUCCAGAUGCCUGUGAUCCAAUUCUAUCGGGGCGACGGCACUGGGAGGGACCCGGGGAGGGCCAUCCGAGAGGGGCUCGCCAAGGCACUGGUGUUCUACUACCCAUUCGCAGGGCGCCUGAGAGAGUGGCCAGGCCGGAAGCUGGUGGUGGACUGCAACGAGGAGGGGGUCAUGUUCGUGGAGGCCGAUGCAGACAUCACCCUCGACCAGUUCGAAGACGCUCUCCACCCUCCCUUCCCAUGCUAAGAGGAGCUUCUCUUCGAUAUUCCUAGCUCUUCCGCUAUCUUGGAUUCCCCUCUCUUGCUCGUUCAGGUGACUCGCCUCAAUUGCGGGAGAUUCAUCUUCGCGGUGCGUUUCAACCACACGAUGAGCGAUGGGACGGGGCUGGUCCAGUUCAUGAAGGCCGUGGAGGAGAUGGCGAGAGGCCGAUGCCCCUCCAUUCUCCCCGUGUGGCAGAGGGAGCUCCUGGAUGCCCGAGACCCGCCCCGAAUCACGUGCACCCACCGCGAGUAUGAUCAGGUGGCCGACACCAGAGGCGCCCUCAUCCCGCUCGAUGACUUGGACCUCCGCUCCUUCCUCUUUGGCCCCACCCAAAUGUCUGCCCUCCGCAACGGGUUGCCUCCCCACCAGCGUGCAAGCUCCACGUUCGAGAUCCUAACCGCUUGCCUCUGGCGAUGCCGCACUGUCGCGCUCCAGCCCGACCCUGAGGAGGAGAUGCGGGUGCUGUGCAUCGUCAAUGCCCGGACCAAGUUCAGCCCUCCCCUGCCGGCCGGGUACUAUGGGAAUGCGUUCGCCUUUUCCGCAGCGGUGACGAGUGCGGGCAAGUUGUGCCAGAACCCACUGGGGUAUGCACUUGAGUUGGUGAAGAAGGCCAAGGCAGAAGUGACGGAGGAGUCCAUGAAGUCGCUGGCGGAUCUCAUGGUGAUAAGGGGAAGGCCCCACUUCACCAAGGUACGGUCCUUUGUUGUGUCAGACGCGACCAAGGCCGGAUUCGGGGACGUGGACUUCGGGUGGGGGAAGGCGGUGUAUGGGGGCCCGGUCCGGGGGACAUUACUGGUUAGCUUCCACAUCCUCUUCACGAACCGGCAAGGCGAGACCAGCAUCCUCGUCCCGGUGUGCUUGCCAGCCCCAGCCAUGCAGAGAUUUGUGCUGGAGCUGGAGGCCUCGUUGAAGGACCCACCGGCUACCACUCCCAACAUCAAGGAGAAACCGUUUGGCGUUUCUUCCCUUUGAAUUGGGUCCGCCCAAGCAAUUUCAAUUUCUUAACGUACGGCGAAGUCUAGUUUUUCGUUCAGCAGUUAUGGGAGUGAAAUCUCGUACCCACGUGUUGCUAUCUUAAUAAAUGAGAUUACUGCCAA